UGGAAAGAAAAAUAAUUACAGUACAAAAUUUUUGGUAACAGCUUGUAAAAAUUUGGUACAUAAACGUUUUCAAUAAUAAAUAAAAGUCGAAAAAAUGGAACAAUUCAAAGGCACAGCGAAAACUCUUUAUAUUUGGUCCCAAUCAGCACUUGUACAGGCCAGUACAGAAAAGCUGAAAGAGGCAACUGGUGGUGAGGUUGUUCUGGAAAAUAUAAAUCGCUUAAGUUUUGCCACUUAUGGGGAAUCUAUAUUCGAUCUCAUUGUCAUUGAAAACGCACAGCUGACAGAUGCUUUUGAUAAGUUGUUGCUUUUGUUGAAGCCGAAUGGAAAGCUACAUUUAGCCAGUAUUUUCGGUACACCAGAAGUAUUUCAGCAAGAGCUAAAAUUAUCCGGUUUCAUAAACGUGAAUGUCAAUAAAGAUGAUGGUACAUUGACAUGUCAAAAACCCAAUUAUGAGACAGGGUCAGCAAUUAAGCUAUCGUUUGCCAAGAAGGAUGGAAAAACAGCUUCCAUAUGGAAAGUGAAUGGUGACGGCGAUGAAGAGUUAAUCGACGAAGAUGACUUGUUGGAUGAAGAGGAUAAGAAAAAGCCUGACCCAGAGAGCUUAAGAGUUUGUGGCACCACGGGCAAAAGAAAAGCUUGUAAAAAUUGUUCAUGUGGCUUGGCAGAAGAGCUGGAGACGGAGGCAGCACAAAAGGCUAAAGCAGACACUGCAAAUGCUAAAUCAAGUUGCGGAAGUUGUUACUUGGGUGAUGCCUUCCGUUGUUCAACAUGUCCUUAUUUGGGUAUGCCUGCUUUUAAACCUGGCGAAAAAGUGGAAUUGGCUGGCAAUUUACUUAACGAUGAUAUCUAAACUAUUUUAGAGGUGCUACGCAUUUAUAUUAAAUAUUAAGUACAGCAACAAAUACAUUAAAUAUAGAUUUGCUUGCCUAUCGAUAUUUCACGCAUGUAAAAGGCUUUUGUGAAAACUUUUGAAAAUGCCACAACAAUAUUUAUUCAGAAAUAAAUUCAUAUCGUUCGUAUUAUAUAGACGAA